CUGGCAGCCAUGACUUCCAAACCGCUACGAAGUGAUAAAAGUCCUUUAAAAGCCUGGAACUCGUCUGUUCCAGACAGACUUUCACUCUUUGAAGAAUAUUACAGGACAAUGAGAAAGAAGUUCCUGUUACACCGGCUGAUCGUCAUCGCCGCCCUCCCGCAGAGCCUCGCUGACAGGCAGAAGCUGGGAGCCCACUACGAGGAGCUGAACCUGCGACUGCAGAGGCAGUACCAUGUGGAAGGCAUCAGCGGCCUUCUGUUGAUGUAUCCCUCUUGCCUGCUCCACGUCAUCGAGUCUUCCUCUGAGGUGUUGGUGUCUCUCCUGCAGAACCUUAAGGACCUACAAGAAGAGGGCGGUCAGGUGGAAACUGCAAAGGUAGUUCUCAUGUCACAUGACCUGCCGAAUAGACUCUUCCAUCAGUGGAGCUACAAGGUGCUGACGAUGCAGACCCGGACCCUGGGAGAGGAGGCUGAAGGAGAGAGUACAGAUGCCCUGGUUGACACAGUCCGCUCCAUGAUUCUGAAGCUAGGCACCCACCUCGAAAUAGCCAGCGAGGCUCUCCCGGGCUCGGUCCUGGAGGAGGCUCCAGAGCUGGUGGUCCCUCAGGAGGUCUUGAUCCGCCUGCUGGCCUGUCCAGAGCUGCUGAGCCCCCAGCAGUACCUGCAGACCUACCACUCUCCUCUCAACAUCUGCAUGGACUCUGGUCACGUUUUUGGAAGCAGCUGUGCAACCACCGUGUAACAUGUUUGUUCUUUAAAGGUAUGAAUCCUCAUGCAUGUUACUUGUACCUCCUAAAACAAAUCAGAUGUUAUCUCGCAGACGUAACUUCAUUUUCUCCUCUGUGUCGUUAUUGAAUUUGUUAUUUACGAUCAAUCCAGGGUGACACUGAGACAAAUGUGGGUUGUGUACUUUCUACAGAUGUAUUAUUGGGCCUGAAGAGUUGCACCUGGUAUGCAAUGUGAGUUUGCUGUGGUAGUACCAAUAGAGGGCGGUAUUCUGUCAGAGAUAGCUUCUAGGUGGCCUUGUAUACUGUCUGUUCCAAAGUGGAUUUGCUGUUAUCUUGUCAGUGUUUAUAUUUUAGUAUAUAGUAGUACACUUGUGAUUUACGAGACGCUUUUACCCAAACUGACUAACAGUGAAUUUAUAGGUACGUUUUUUUCAUGCAGUCACUCAGUGUGAUAUGCUCUGCCGCCUUGUUUAAAUGUCGUCCCUCACGCCCAAUGAAUGCGUCUACAAGCAACUCAGACCAAACCACAGACGAUGUAUAUA